CCGCAUUUUUCUCUUCCGUUUCGGGCCAUGCGGCCGAUGAACGGCCAUGGAAGACAGCCAUGCAGAGCAGGUGCUCACUGUGGAUGGCUCUGUGAACAGCUUGGGCCUCGUCUUCGUCGCUCUACCGCCGCUGCCGCCUCCCCCCAUGGUGGUCAAGCAGGUCCAUCAGGGCACCUGGGCCGACAGCUCCGGGAUUCAGCCGGGCUUCGAAGUCCUGGAGCUGGGAGGCCUCAAAGUGGGGUCCAUGACCCGAGAGGAGUUCCAGGUGGCCAUCAAGAGCCGGCCGCUGCGGAUCCGGGUCCAGGCGCCCCACUCGGAGGCCUGGCGCCGGGUGGCGCACUUCCAGCGGGAGACGGUGAGGCUCCACCUCAAGAAGGCAUUGCUCCAGAAGGCAUUGCGGGACGAGCAUGAGAAGGUGAAGCUGGAGUUAGGCAUCGACGCGAAGACCGAGGAGGAGCGGAGGGCCAAGAACCGCGAGACCCGAGCCGAGAUCGCGACGCAGCGCCAGCGGCUGGAAGAGCAGAAAGCGGCCCUCGGCCUGCAGCAGGAGGAACUGCAAAAGGCCCAGCAGCAGCUGGAGGUUCUUGACCAGCAGACCCAGAGCCGCAGGAAGAAGCUGGAGCUUGAUAAGCUCCAGUUCUCCCAGCAGCAGGAGGAGCUGGCGAAGGCGCGGCACGACUUCGACGCCUCGCGGAAGUCCACCUUGGAGGCCAUCGAGAAGGAGAAGCUGCAGAUCGCCUCAGAGCGGAGGAAGCUGCAGAGCUCCGCAGACGAGGCCUCCAUGGCGGAGCAGGAGCGGGAGGAGUUGGACGAGGAGCGGCGCCUCAUCGACGUGGAGCGGCAGGAGGUGGCGCAGCAACGGGACCUCUUCGAGGCAGAGAAGCGCCAGCUGCAGCUUCAGCUGGAGGAGCAGCAGAGACUUCUGGAGCGGCAGAGGGCGGAGAUGGAGGAGGAUGAGGCUGGCAUGGCACGGCAGCGGGAGGAGCUGCUUGCGCAGAAGAGCCGCGCCGCGCAGCUCGCAGCGCAGUGCGCCGAGCAGGAGGCAGCGCUGGCGCAGCAAAAGGCCAGGGGCGCUGCGGAGGCGCAGAGCUUGGCAGAGGCGAAGGCGGAGGCGGCGGAGCUGAGGAAGCAGUUGGAGAAGGAGAAGGCGGAGUUCGAGGAGAAGAGCAAGAAGACGCAGCAGACGCUGCUGGCGCACAAGAAGCAGCUGAUGCAGGUAAAGAACCGCUUAGCUGCUGAGAAGGAGAAGAUCGAAGCAGCCAAGGCGGACCUGGAGACGGCUCGCGCGGCCCAACUCCCAGCAGCGGUCUCUUCCGCGGCACAGACGGAGACGACGCAGGUCAUCCCGGCGGCGGCGCAGACGGAGCUUGGCACAUGUGAGGCAGCGGUGCAGACGGAGGCGUUGCCAGUGGACAACACCGAGAACACCGACCCUCCGGGCGCAUUGCCAGAGCCCCCCGAAUUGCCCGACCCGGAGCCAGAGAGCGUGGUGCAGAGGUCCGAGACCAGCCCAAAGUCGCUUCGCAGUCCGAAUCUGGUCGCGUCUCAAGACAAGCUGCGCUCCGGCCGGAGCUCUCCGUUUCAGGAGAAGGCGGAGACUCGCGGGAAUCAGUCACCGUCUUCUCCUUCCAAGAGCCCGCGCUUCGCCCCCGCGCCCUGGGACUGGCCUUCGCCCCGGAACGACGCGGCCGGGACGUCGCCGGAGAGUCGGACCGCCGCCAGCCCGCGGCGCCUCAAAGCCGCGGCCUCCAUGGAGGAGCUGCCGCAGUCGGAAGAGUCUGCCAGAAAGGUCUUGGCUUCGAGCAGUCGCGUGCGGCGGCUCCUGGCACAAGAGCUGCCGCUGCGGUCGUCCAAUGUGCCGAAAGGCCCACCUCGAAGGGGCAAGCUGCUACGCAGCGCCAGUGGGCAAUAGGACCUCGAUUCGGGCGUGGCUUACGAGUGACUUGCCGAUGGACUACCUCAAGUUUGCUCCUGGCCUCUCAAAGAUGUUCA